AUGCUUCGAUUUCGACGCCUAGCAAUUUUGGUGUUUUUUGAGUGCGCGCUGGCGCAAUGGACAGAGCUCGAGCAACGCCAACUGCUGGAUUCGGCGAAUCUGCGCGCCAAGGAGAUCGAGCGGAUGACGAAAAACGCGGCGAUUCGACAAAAUCAGCUCAACAUGGCGCCGAUUCCGUCCGGCGGUGUGCCGCUCAACGGACCAUCGAAACCGGCGCCACCCACAAUCGAUGAGGAUCGCCUAUUUUUAGCGAAAAUGGGAGAGCAGGAGGCGCUCGCCAAUCAGAUAAUUGCUCGCGAGGCGAUGGCGCGACAGGGAAUUUUGGCGAUGGAAGCCACAAUUCUGGAAGCGCUUCAACCGUUGACGGCGCCGCUUCAGCGGCCGAUUCCGGCGCACUUCAUCGCCGUGCCAACGGUACCGCGUUGGACGAGCGACGAGAGAAUCGUGAUCGCGGCGAGACCCGAUCGCGACGCGUCGCCGAUUCGCAUCAACGACAUCGUUGAGAUGGCAUCGUCGAGACGACAUCGCUGA